UCCUCUGCACUUCCUGCUUUACACUCAACACCACAGCGGUGACAGACGCAACGAAAACAAAAUGGAAUAGUUCUUAUUUCUCUAGUGAACGGCGUUAACGACAGCGUAAUUUCUGCGUUUUGCCGGCAGAUCAUACUGGCCGUUCAUUUAAAUGUCAUUUUUUAAGACUUGGGGUGUGUUGCAGUAACAUCAACAAUGCAGUUCUCUCCCACUAACGGAGAUUUCACUUUCGUGUCAUCGGCAGAGGCUGAAGAACUAAGUGGCAGCAUCGAUGCCCCGGACAUUAAGCUGAACAUGGGGAGUGAAAGUGGAAAAGACCCUUAUGCCACCACCUUCCUGAGGCAGCGAGGCUACGGCUGGCUGCUGGAGGUCGAGGACGACGACAGUGAGGAGAGCAAACCUCUUUUGGAAGAGCUGGAUAUCGACCUGAAGGACAUCUACUACAAGAUUCGCUGUGUGCUGAUGCCCAUGCCAUCUCUGGGUUUUAACCGGCAGGUGGUAAGGGACAACCCAGACUUCUGGGGCCCUCUGGCAGUGGUUCUGCUCUUCUCCAUGAUCUCCAUCUAUGGACAAUUCAGGGUUGUGUCUUGGAUUAUCACCAUCUGGAUAUUUGGAUCACUAACAAUCUUCUUGCUGGCCCGUGUUCUUGGUGGUGAGGUUUCUUACGGGCAAGUUCUUGGAGUGAUUGGAUAUUCCCUUCUCCCUCUCAUCGUAAUUGCUCCUCUACUCUUAGUGAUCGGGGGUUUCGACGUGGUUGCUACACUAAUAAAACUUUUUGGAGUGUUCUGGGCUGCUUACAGUGCUGCUUCAUUGCUUGUCGGAGAUGAGUUCAAAACAAAGAAGCCUCUUCUCAUAUAUCCCAUAUUUCUUUUGUAUAUCUACUUCCUUUCACUAUAUACUGGUGUCUGACUGGACCAAUCGCAACUGUGGAUCUAUUGUUGGAUAAUGACCCUGGAGUAUGGUGAAAAGAAACACGGCGAUCUGUUCAAGACGGAAACGAAGGAAAAUGGAUUUUUUAACAGUUUUUGUUGUGUCCAAAUCCUAUACUGUGGGGGUAUCAGGUAUAUGAUAAAUUAGUGUAUAUGAUUUUGACCCUUAUGUCUUUGUUGAAUAAAAAAAAAAAACAAAGAAAACAUAAGCUUUUACUGUUUAAAUCUCUGUAUGCAGAUUCCUAUUCUUGUUCACCAGUACACACAGUCCCCAUGAUCCUGCAGUUACUGUAAUCUAAGAUGAUUGUAAAUAUUUUAUCAAAGUGGGCUAUCUACUAUCUUAAAUCAUAAAAAGGUUGUAUGCUAGUUAUAAUUUUUGGGGUUUCUUUUUCUCUUUGAAGAAUGUGGUGCCAUAUACCUUUGUAUAUUAAAUUCAAACAAAGAAUUCGACAAUAGACACCCCCCACCCCCACCCCCACCCCAAGAAAUAGGGUUAAGCAUACUGUUACGCAUUUUUGUGCACUGUUAUGCGUUCUAUAAUAAUGGCCAUUUAUACUUUUAUUUUUUACAAACUUGUUUAUUAACUUAUGGAUUUCAGCCUGGAUAGAUGGGCUCUGGAUAGAUGGGGCAGUUUGAGUGAAAUAAAGCAUUGUCUACUAAAUGUGA